GAAAUCCAGAUGCGAGAACAUGUAAUCUGCGGAACACAGCAGCAACUUCCAUUGUUGAUCCAGCCAGAUAUGGUGGGCUAUACAGAGUAUACCCAGUCCACUUCGUCUUCGUUCCGGGAUCUUGCAGGCCGAUACUAUAUCUCACUCUAUUCGACCGUUCCUUUCGAAUAGACGCGUGGUAAUUAAAAGCUGGUCUUGUUGAGCGUAGCUCCAAAGCUCUCGCCUUGCUGGUCCGCCUGUCAGCUUCCGAAUUCAAAACAUAUCAAUAGGAAUUCUUCCCUACCGCAUAAGUUCCAGCGCGAUGUCGGGUGUGAUUACGGGCACGUCUGGGGCUUGGCUGGAGCAUGCAUCUUCGCCAAGACAUCCUCUGGCAGCGUCUCGGGGACGUUGGAGGUAAGCAAGUUAGCCCACUGCUUGUGAGAUAAUGGUUUCAACCAGGAGAAUGGUGGUGUUAUCCUUACUAGUAGAGGUCAGCAUUAAUGCCGGCCUUCUUCAGACCUUCCUGCUCAGCAAGGGCAACCUUGUGUAUGUGUAUGUGGCCAUACAUGGAAUACUAGAGGCGUGCGGGGUUAGUCGGGAGGCACAGGCUGGCCUUGCAUCAGUAUAGGUAUAGACGUGCAUCAGUAUAGGUGAAAAAAACAUGGGGCCUGGGCAAACGUGCAUAGAACCACAAGUGUGCUCUCUUGGCACUUAUUAACGUCGAAUUGCAUUUGCGCAUGGAGAAUAAAGGCUGGCCAUAAGAUUUAGUAUAACAAACUGUACGUAGGCCCUCAGGAGUCUCGGAUUAGGUCUGUGGUUUGUUGACUUUGUCGAAUAUUUCCAUCAUUCGACACUUUAUUGUAUACACGAAUAUUGAUACAGGAGUGAAAAUACUAAGCUGCGCCAAUGAGAGGCCAUCCCACUCCGAUGGUCAGGUUUGGAGCCGCCUUAGCCAGCCAGCCUGGUUUAGCCAGCCAGCCUGGUUUAGCGAGCCAUCGCCGGCCGCAUCGUCUCGUCUCGUUCCUCAGACACUACAUUGUCCUUCACCUUCCUUGUCCGACUCCAUUCCACACCGACAGCCGUUCCUUUGUUGUAGUCGCGAAUCUCUUUGCGCCCACAUCUCGACACCACUCGCCCAUUUGUGCUUAUACGGGAAGCUAUUCAGACAGCAAAAGAUACAUAGAUUCUGCUUCUGGUCUCAUUGCUACAGGCGCCAUAUUCCAUGCUGUUUAUGUUGGAUAAGGAAGGGAACAACGUAGUUUGCUCAAUUACUACGGCACAACCACUCCUUGGAGCAUCUUUCACCAGGUCGCGCCCAACACUGACAUUUAAACCUGAUGGGCCGGAUUUUAUCCAGUCACAGAGACGCCAAAACGGAUUAAAGUGCAACUCUUGAUGGGAGAGGCAGCAGGCCUCCACACACUACACAACGACAAGCGACGACGACGACGACGACGCAGCUAUGUCUGUGUCUAACCCGGACGACAGUCAUCUCGGAAUGGAGACUCCUUCGCAUCCCCCCGCAGCAGUCGGUGGUGCGGACAGCGAUAGCUCUGGCAGACCACAAAAACAAUCGGCCGAACCCACCGAAAGUGCGCCUUCCAGUGCUGCCAUACCUCUGGAUAGCUCCGACGCCUCCGACACGGCAGCCAAAGCGCAUCCAAAUCUACCUCUGCUGCAGGCAACUGCGGCGCCAGCUUCAUCAUCAAGCCCGCCGCCGAAAGAUGCGACUUCAUCCGCCGCGCCUUACGGCACGCGAUCCCGGAACAGGGCGGGCGUGUCUCGACCAAACUACGCAGAAGAUAAAGAGAUGGAUAUGGAGUUUGAGAUUCAGCCUCCUGUAAAGGAAGAUGAUGCCCGAAAAUCUGCUCGUUCUUUGGACGCUCGACCAAACGUGUUGGAAUCUGCCGCUUCAGGAGCGACCGGUCGAAAAACAACUGGGACAGUACCGGAUCCGAACAGCGCUGCGCAGCUGGUGCCAAAAGACCAUAUACCAGGAACCUCGACCUUUUCAGCCAACAUUGCGGGGGCUAAUCCUGCGCAACCUUCCAAAAAGCGCAAAGCUACUACAAACCCGACAUCGAGUAUUGCGAAUGGCAAUCACACCACUGGAAACAUGGGCACGACCACGGCAACUGGAAAAAGUACUUUACCGCAGAAUUCCCAGGCAUAUAAAGAGUCAUUUAUGCUGAGCUUCGAUAAUUGCGGGGCACGACUCCAAAAUGGCAAGCUCAUCGCUGACGAUGGCACGACGUUGGGCAUAAAUGACCAUGUUUAUCUGGUUUGCGAGCCUCCUGGAGAGCCUUAUUACCUCGGACGAAUCAUGGAGUUUCUCCACAUGAGUAAUGACUCUACGAAGCCUGUUGAUGCCGUGAGAAUGAACUGGUAUUACCGACCAAAGGAUAUCGGACGAAAGGUGAAUGAUACGCGACAGGUAUUCGCCUCCAUGCAUUCUGAUAUCAGCCCUCUGACCGCCCUCCGUGGAUUGUGCCAAAUAAAGCACAAAUCAGAGGUGGAGAAUAUGGACGAGUACAGGAGGACGCAGAAUUGUUUCUGGUACGAAAAACUCUUCGACCGGUAUAUCCACCGAUAUUACGAGGUAAUACCUACACGACAGGUAGUAAAUGUCCCGGCCAAGGUGAAGACGGUUCUUGAUGACCGUUGGAAAUUUAUUCUGGUAGAAUCUGGGAGAGGGAAAGAAUUGACCAGUGCGGUCAAGUCCUGCAAGAGAUGUAAUGGGUUCUGCGCGAGUAACAAUUCCGUCGAUUGUGCAGUCUGCCAUCAGACUUAUCACAUGAAUUGUGUACGGCCGCCAUUACUGAAGAAACCAUCACGCGGGUUUGCUUGGGCAUGUGGCCCUUGCAGUCGCGCCCAAGAGCGGAAGUUAGAGGCGAGGAACACCCCCAAUGUUGCGGAUACAGGCGCCGAUGCUGAAGACGAUGAAAUGAUGGAUGAUGAAGACGAAGACGAAGAUUUACUACUUCAUGGCACUGAAAGAAGCACAGGCAGCAGCAGUCCUGUUGGAUCAGUGGAAGAGGAUGUACCGAUUCACCCUGGCACUGAGGAACAAAUUUACCAAGCAAGCUUAUGGCCCUUCCGUUAUCUAGGGGUGCAUUGCAAGGUCGAGGAUGCAUUGGAUUACGACGAUCGCAUCUAUCCCCGUGCAAGCUCUCGCCUCGGGCCACGACACCAGGCAAAUGUACCGACCUGGCCUGGCAGGCCCGUACAACUUGUUAAACCAAUUGAGGUCAAAAGAAAGUAUAUGAAGGGGGGAGGCCAUAAGAAGGAUGCGAAGCUUUCCAAGGAAACUAUCACCGCGCUCGACGCAGAAAAACUAGCGAGAGAAACGCGACCCAAAUGGGUCAUGGACGAACCCCAUGGCUACGUCCAUCGGGGAGAGGACCAUGCCAGAGGAAGUUCGAAUAGCACGGCUGAGUUACUCUUCCAACCCGAGGCAACUGAAGACGUGGCAAAAAACGGCGACAAUGAGGCAUUGAUUGACGCGUAUCUCAAGAGCAGCGAAGAUAUUGCCAAGCAAAUUGGCGUCAGGGCCUACUCGGUGAACUUCUUGGAUAAAGCAUUGAGUAUACUUGACUCUGCAAGUUUCGAUGUUGAUCGGGCGUUGAAAGAACUGGCUAAGGUGGAAAGAAAAGAUCUCCAAGAACCUGACCUGACACCGACAGAGGUUAAAAAGUUUGAGGAUGGCGUAGCCAAAUUUGGCUCCGAGCUGCAUAGCGUCAAAAAGCAUGUGAAAACCGUCAGCGCUGCGAAUAUAGUUCGAUUCUAUUACAUCUGGAAGAAAACGGAGCGUGGAAAGCAGAUUUGGGGCAAUUACGCGGGCCGAAAAGGGAAAAAGGAGGCGAAGAAGGUUGAAGUUAACGCGGGCAAGUUGCAAGAUGACGUUGCUGAUGACCAAGACGAUUCAGCUUUCGACAAUGAUAAGGCAAAGGAGAAGAAACGAGGCUUUCAAUGUAAAUUCUGUUGGACGCGCAAUUCUCGGCAAUGGAAGCGCGCUCCUGGGACACCAGCUGGAACCACCGUAGCAGCUGACCCGACCAACAAAGUAGUGGGCAGGGACAACAAUACGCAAUUGACCGUAGCCCUUUGUCUCAGCUGCGCGGUGAUAUGGCGAAGGUAUGCGGUGCAAUGGGAAGACAUAGAUGACCAUGGCAAGAAAUCUUCCCAAGGUGGUCGGUCUAAUAAGCGGAAGGCAGAGGAUCCAUUGAGGGAAUUCCAUCUAAGCGACCUCAGUUGGACGGCUAAUAAUACAGAUACGGCCAACACUCCUUUAAAUGGAACUCCUGCGCCCCAAGCUGCUUCUCUGAUAGCAGUCCAGGAGGCCCCGCGAAAAAAACCAAAGAGCAAUAGUGAAAGAGACCAGAUUGAUUCGGCACCACACGAUCCUAACUCUGGGCCUGCGCUUGCACAGCAGAAGAAGAAAGCACCAGAAAAACCACCUGCUCCACCGCCUGUCCCGGAAAUUCCUAAACAAAAAUCUCUUCCCUGCGCAAUUUGUUUGCAAAUGGAGCCAGCAGCCCAACGUCUCUCCUGUAGAGAGUGUCGAAUGACCGUGCACCGAAAUUGUUAUGGUGUGGCCGCGGACACACGGGGAUCAGCCAAAUGGACCUGCGAUAUGUGUUCAAAUGACCGAAAUCCACAAGUUUCUAUUCAAUAUAAAUGCAUGUUAUGCCCUAUCGAAUCAACACCGCAGGACUUUUUGGAACCAAUAAAACCCUCGCACAAGAAAAAGAACGACAAAGACCGGGAAAAGGACCGCGUGGAGAGGGAACUUGCAAUCAAAGCAGCGGAGUUUUACAGCAAAAAGCAAGAAGAGAUGAACCGUCCGCUUAUUCCAAGAGAACCUUUGAAAAGAACAGCGAACAACAACUGGGUCCAUGUUACCUGUGCAGUUUGGACACCAGAAGUCAAAUUUGGCCAAGGCAAGGCCCUAGAACGUUCAGAAGGAAUCCCUUCAAUUCCUUCCGCUAGGUAUGACGAGACUUGUAAGAUAUGUAAAACUAAUAACGGGGCCUGUGUGGCUUGCCUGUCGUGCCGGGCUCCUGUCCAUGUAGAGUGUUCCCAUCAAGCAGGGUACGUCCUGGGCUUUGAUAUAUCACCUGUCAAAGGCUCUCGCAGAGAUCACGUAAACAUUGUGAACAUCAAUGGCGAAUCGGGUGCCAUGACAGCUGCGGUUUGGUGCAAGGACCACUGCCCUACCAAGACUAUCGUUCACCACAUGCAUGAUAUUGUGGAUGAAAAUGGUUUGAAUGCCUUGCAGCUUUAUGUCCAGAAAUUCAAGCAAGCGGAUCUAGCAUUAACAGGCACUGUACGCAAAGCGACGCUGGUCAACCAAUCAACCAAGAUAUCUGCAGUUCCCAUUUCUCCCUCGACGGUAUCCAACCGCCGAGCUUCUACAACUGUUAUAAGCAGCAACGGGAGAGGCUCUAUUUCGAAUAUCAAACCAGAAGACACGCAAACUACAAGCGCUUCUGAGGCACUCAGGGCUCCCACAUACCUCCAGUCGCCGGCGAAAGUCUGUGAUACUUGCGGGGUUGAUGUGAGUCCAAAGUGGUGGCCAUAUCCAGCACUGCCCGUUACCAGGCCUGGGCCAUUGAAACAGCAGCUUUAUGAACACCGGCCCCCCAAUAAUCAAAUAGAUGAUAUUUCCAAGGACCUGGGCAACGCCAUUUUGGGAAGUAACCCUAAGCAGCAGGUUGCUUUGGCCGCGGCCGCACUGUGCGAGAGGCCACCCAACAAUAUGCUGGAGCUUUUCCAGUGCCACAAAUGUCAUUGGAAUAAAGUUCAAAAACCCCAAACUUCGCCAGCUAUACCAGCGCCGAAAAUGGAGGACGACGCACCGCAGCCACGCCUACCGCCUUCUAUACCAGUGUCUGCCUCGUCGACGCUAGCAAGCCCUCCUGUGCCACCAACUCAUAUGCACGCGGGAUCUCGAUAUUCGUGGGGCCAUCCGGCAUAUCCACCAACGAGCGGUUACGGGGACUGGUCCCGCGUAUCUCCGGCAUCUCAAAAUUCAAAUAUCGCCCUAAGGCAGUACAGCAACGGCUCGCACUCGCCGAGAGGGCCUCCAGCGACCAGCCAGCACCUACCUGGCCCAAUGAUUCCACGAUCACCUCAUGUGAACGGAUCAUUACCUUCGGUAGCAAAUAGCAGCUAUCCGUCAUCGCCACAUAAAUCUGCCGCUGGUAUUCACCCGAUACAGCACGGUGUAUACGCGCCGUAUGCACCGUCGCCCCCACAGCACUUGACCAACGGAGGCCCUCCCCCACGAGCUUUGGAAAUUUCAUUUCCACAUGGAACUCACUCGCCGUAUCGUCAAGCGUUUGGAGGGCCCCAUGAGAGCCCUCAGGCACGUCGGGAUGGUCCUCAAAUCAGCCGUGAACCUAUAAAUCACAAUGGGGACAAUGCUCCUAGUCGUCGGGUGAACGGUGGCGCGAGUGCGAGUCCUUCACUCCAGAAUUUACUUUCUUGACGGUUGGCGAAUGAAAUGAUACUCAAGUUGGGGUAGGGGCGUAGAUGGGGGGGUGUACUGGAAAAGGGUUAAAACUAUAUGUCGUAUUUGAAGCAACUGUUAUCAUGAAGUUGGUGGUGGGUGGGUAUAUCGGUAACGUAAUAACUUGGGUUUUACUCAGCGAAAGGCGUUUAGAGGUAACUAGAGGAAGUUGGAACGUCGGUCUUAGUAAUAAUCUAUGUAUAAGUUACAUAAUGAUUCCAUCAUAAAUUAGUAACAAACUUUUGUCCCAC